CCUAAAUAUCCAAACACGAUUGAAGUUCAGAAUCUGCAUGACAAGAUCAACAUGGGCUAUUUUUCCUAAAUAAGAGAAAUAAAGAUGACAUAUAAGAUACUAACUGAAAAAAGAAAAAUAUUUGUUAAUUCAGUAUCUGAAGACACACUUAAUAAUUUGCUGGAUGAUGUCCUAAAUGAAAAGGUGCUAAACCAAGAGGAGAGCGAAAAAGUAAAAAAGGGAAAUGUUACAACUAUAGCCAAGGCCCGUGACUUGAUUGACUUUGUGGUUCCCAAAGGGCCUCAUGCCAGCCAAUUAUUCAUAGGCUAUAUCUGCAAGAGAGAUUCCAUUCUUGCUUCCAAGUUGGGAUUUUCUUCAGACGCACCUGUUAGAAGGAGCGAGUCAGCAUCCAAAGAAUCCAUAGACCAACUUGUGCUUUGUCCUCAUGAAAAAUUCCAGGAACUAUGUCAAAAGAAAGCUGGAAUGAUUUAUCCAAUAAGAGAGAAGAGGGGCCGUACUCGUCUGUCCCUCAUCAUCUGUAACACCAAGUUUGACCACCUCCCAAAGCGUAAUGGAUCCAGUCAUGACAUAAUUGGAAUGAAGGAGCUGCUUGAGGACCUGGGCUACAGUGUGCAUGUGGAGGAGGAUCUCACAGCCAGGGAGAUGGAGUCAGCGCUGGAGGCAUUUGCUGCGCGCCCAGAGCACAAGGAUUCAGACAGCACAUUCUUGGUGUUCAUGUCUCACGGCAUCCUGGACAGAAUCUGUGGGACUCUGCAUAAUCAUGAAAAACCAGAUGUGCUACAUUAUGACACCAUAUUCCAGAUUUUCAAUAAUCGAAACUGCUGCCACCUUAAGGAUAAGCCCAAGGUCAUCAUCAUUCAGGCCUGCAGAGGUGCAAACAGUGGAGAGGUGUGGGUCAGCGACUCGCCAGCGGCCCCAGCAGACAGCUCUGCACAGUCUCCAGAGGACCUGAAGGAUGAUGGCGUCCACAAGACCCACGUGGAGAAGGAUUUCGUUGCUUUCUGCUCCUCGACCCCACAUAAUGUUUCCUGGAGAAGAGAAAGUGGUUCUCUCUUCAUCACACAACUCAUAAACUGUGUUAAAAAAUAUUCUUGGUAUUGUCACCUGACAGAAAUAUUUGUGAUGGUUCAGCGAUCAUUUGAAGAACCAGUUGUUAAAGCCCAGAUGCCUACACUUGAAAGACAAACUAUGACCAGGUAUUUUUACCUCUUUCCAGGCCAUUAAAAAUAGUAUCUAGAGCAAAUGAGAAAAUUGCCCAAAGCAGUGAACGAAG